AGCCCGACCCAUCGGCGCAUGCGCAGAUUUGCAACCCUGCCUCCUGUCCCGAUGCCGGGUGUUCGGGCGGGCGGGUCGCGCCUCCCGCACGGCUGGCCGCGGUUGAUGGGCGGGGUUGCCCCCUCAUUUCCACCAGCGGCCCCGCUCCAGACGGGGAGGUGAGCCCGUUGUCCAAAACCUCCUGCGGGGCCCUUGGUUCCUCCGCUCGGCUCUCGGGGCAGAGCCCGGCAAGGACGGAUCCGCCGAGGCGCUUUGCACGUGCUCAGAGGCGCCCUCGCCCGCUGCGAUGGGGAUCGUCAAGUUGGCCGAGCUGAUCAAAGAGGAGGCUCCGGACGCCGUGCGCCCCGUCACCCUCCAGGAGUACCGCGACCGGGUGGUCGCUCUGGACGCCUCCGUGGCCGUUUAUCAGUUCCGCACAGCGAUGCCCCAGAUGAUCAACCGCCACGGGCAAAACAUCAGUUCCUUGCAGGGACUCUUCUUCCGGACGCUGCACCUGUUGGAAAACGGCCUGAAGCCGCUCUUCGUCUUCGAAGGGAAGCCCCCCGAGCUGAAGCAGCCGGUGCUAGCCAAACGGGCCUCCCUCUCUGGAGCCAGGAAGGGCACUGCAGAGUCUGAUGUCCCAGCGUGGCCCCCAAGACGAGACUCCGAGACGCUCUUGACCCUCCUGGGAGUUCCUUACAUCCAGGCUGCUGCAGAGGCAGAAGCCACCUGUGCUGCCCUGGUGAAAUCUGGGCACGCCUGGUGUGCAGCCACGGAAGACAUGGACGCCCUGCCCUUUGGGGCCGUGCGCCUCCUGCGGCAUCUUGGCGUGAGGAAGAGGCACCUGGAAGAGAUCUCCUUGCCCACCGUCCUGCAAAAGCUGAGGAUGACACAGGAGCAGUUUGUGGAUCUCUGCAUUCUUCUGGGCUGCGACUAUGGCCACAAAAUCCGAGGAUUGGGCCCCAAGAAGGCGCUGAAGCUGCUGCAGCUGCACGGAAGCAUCGAGGAAGUCCUGAGGAACACCAGCCGCAAGAGCCAUCCCGUGCCGGACGGCUGGCGCCUGGAGGAGACGCGGCGGCUCUUUCUUCAGCCGGAAGUGGCGGAUCCGAGCCAGGCGUUGCUGGAGUGGAAGGAGCUGGACGAGGAGGGCUUGGUGAACUUCCUGGCGCACCAGAAGUGCAUGAAAGAGAGCCGGGUUCGGGGGCGCCUGGAGAAGUGGCGGGCUGCCCGCCAGAAGCUCAGGGAGGCCCGGGAGGCCGUCACCAAGGCCAAGGGCAGACCAAAGAAGGCAGCCAAGACCAUGAAGGAUUUCUUCCCGGUCCAGAAACGUCCAAACAAGGUGCCCACCUGUCCACCUGCCCGGAAGAAGCAAAAGUUGUCUGAAACAGCCCCAGGGAUUUGAAAGCGCCAUUAUUCCCUUGCGGGGCCCUCGGUGCUGUCUGAGCUUGGUAGUUUUCCUGUUAGACGUUUCAUGACCGAACUAGGUAACGCCAUCGGUUCCCUUUGCCUUGCGUCGGAUGCCUCAUCAGGUUCCAGGAGCAUUCUCUGGAGAUUUGGGUGGGUCAUUUUUGUAACCUGCAGUAUGACAAAGCCAACGUAGAUUUUAAAAAUGGUUAUGAGAGAUGGGGCUAUUUUUAAGAGUGUAGAAUAAAUAGAAAUAAAGGUUCUUGCCCCAAAACACCUUUUAUGCCUUUUAAUUCGAGAAGUAUUGUGUGGACGAGAGAAAUGAUAAGUAAACAUAUAUUGGCUAAUUUAUCCUGAGGUACUUGAAUUUUCUCAAGUGGGUUGUAAAAUAAAAUGUAGGGAAGGUUUAACUCUAGAAGGAUAUUCUUGUCAGUACUUUUUUUUUUAAUGUCAAAUUGUUAGAAAAACUUAAGGUGGAUAACAUAUUUUAGGGUUUUGAGCAACAUACGUUGGAAGCAAAAUUAUGUACUAAUGAUGAGUAUGUUAUUUUUAAAAUGUAUAAACUUCUAUUAAAACUUGAAACAGAAGAACGAAUGAAAGAAUGCAUGAUAAAAUGCACUAAAAACUUGGUUACAAUAUACAAAGGGAACAAUGGGAAAAUACGUGGUUGAAAGGAUUAAAAUGUACAUUAUGUCCUAACCGUAAAAAUAUUUUUUAUAAAAGGAUGCAUUGUUGAUAUUUGUUACCACAGAAAUUCUCUAGAAUGUGUAAGGUGGUCCUGCACUUAUGAACACAACUGAGCUUUGAUUAUUAAAAAAAUAAUAAUAGAAAAUAGAAAAAAGUGGAGCUUUUUUAUAAUCAUUUGGUGAAAAAUCUUUUUGUAAUUGUACUUAAAUGCCACUGGAAGCUCUUCUUUGUAUUUGUUUAAAUUAUUAUUAUUCUUUCUGUUUGCACAUUGAGAUUAUUUCUUCCUUUCCACUUUGCAUUACUUGGUGUUUGUUUUUUAUGUUCUCUGUAAGCAUU